AAGGAAGAGUGAGAUUCUUCUCUGACUAAUAUGUGACCUGCUUUACAUUCCUUUUGAAAAUCUUUUUUUCUUUUUCGUAUGAAGGGCAACUUGUGUUUGAACCCUUCCUUUUCCUAAACCACGCAGCCCUUCGCCCCUCUGUAGGAUGGUGUCGCGGCACAGAGUUUGGAAAUCGUGCUGUCUUGGUGGUCUGUGGUGGUUUCAUAGCUGUAAGUGUGAAAGACCUAAAGAUAAGGAGCCCAAAACAACGCACGAGUGUAUCCGGGUCCUAGUGAUAUUUGCUAUUUUUGCGUUUACCUUCAUAUGGCUGUAUGUAACUCUUAUUCUGGGAAAUGACAUACACAAUUUUAACGAGUAUAUUUUCAGAUCCGCCGGUUUGUGGGUUGACUGGUCUCUUGUGUUGGUCAUAGUGACGGCCGUACUACUGACCUAUUGCUCCUUCCUACUGCUGACCUCUUUGUGCCUCACUCUUUGUGGUCAACCUGUCAUAUUACACAUCAUCCACAAGGUCCUUCUGGCUUUAUGUUUUGUGCUGGUCACCCUGGGAAUAGUUUUCUUGGAUUUGAAGUGGAAGGAAGAAUGGGAUGCAGUGUCCAUAUCACUACAGAUGACCAGUCCCUUUCUGCACAUUGGAGCUGUGGUUGGAGUCUCUGCAUUUGCUUGGGUCGUAGCUGGAUAUUACUGGGGCACUAGCAGCAAAGUGUUUAAGUGGAUCAUUUUGACAGUGUUCGCCAUUCUCCUGGUUGCCCUGUAUAUUUCACCUUUAUUUAUAUCAUCCCCCUGUAUCUUGGAGUCAUCAAAACUCCCCUCUAAGCCGAAGAUUUAUGGACAUCGUGGUGCUCCUAUGAUGGCUCCAGAAAAUACAAUGAUGUCAUUUGAUAAGCUGGUGGCAGCUGGUGCCGAUGUGUUUGAGACUGAUGUCAUGGUGAGUUUGGAUGGAAUUCCUUUUCUGAUGCACGAUAGUACCUUACAGCGCACUACAAAUGUGAAAAAUGUGUUUCCAAACCAAGAGAAAGAAAACAGCUCAAACUUCACCUGGAGUGAUCUUCAACAGCUCAAUGCUGGGGAAUGGUUUUUGCAGAAGAAUCCAUUCCAUACGCUGGGGUCACUGAGUGAGCUUGACAUUCAGGAGGUGAAAAAACAGAAAAUUCCCUCUUUGGAAAAUCUUCUGAAUGCAGCGGAGAAGAACAACAUCUCAAUCCUAUUUGAUCUCCGUCAACCCCCUGAUGGACAUCCAUUCAAUGAGACUUAUGUCAAUGUUACAUUAAAAACCAUCUUAAACUCAAAGAUUCGUCCAGAACUAGUACUUUGGCUCCCAGAUGAGGAACGAAACUUGGUUAUAGAUGAAGCUCCUGGUUUCCGACAGAUAUAUGGGAGAAAAAAGGAGGAAAAUGAAACAUUGGAUUUUGUCAAUUUGUCCUAUAAAAACCUGACUGUGUCUGAAGUCCGCUCAUAUCGGAAUGAUAACACAUCAGUCAAUUUCUAUGUGGUUAAUAAACCCUGGCUCUUUUCCCAUGCAUGGUGUGCUGGAGUCACCUCUGUCACCACCAAUGCAUGUCAACUUCUGCAGGCUAUGCAGCGUCCUUUUUGGGUCUUGGAUCCAACCUACUACUUGAUAACAUGGAUUGUUGCAGACUGUGUAUCUUUUCUCCAUAUAAUUUGGGCAUUUAUCAUUCAGAGAAAAUGUAUGCAAAAGAAAGAGUCAAAAGGAUACAGGAAACAGGUCUCUGGAUUCUGGCCUUCAAGAUACAGGGAGCAGGCCUCUGGACUCUGGCCUUCAGGUUAUUGCAGCAGAAUUAGGGACUGUGCUACUUAUGAGGCUAGAAAGUCUGAACUACUGACCUAAAGAAGCGGACUGCAAGCCUUUUGCUCACACUUCAUAUGACUGCUUAUGGCAAAUCGGGUGAAGAUGUAGGACAACAGGAACGAUACAUUCCUCAGAAGGAUCUGAAGAUCUAAACAAAUUAGCAAAUAUUUUAGAAAAUGGUGAAUAAUUUUGAACUGGGCUUUGUCUCACCACUGUUAAACCUCAUUGUUUUAUACAUUUUUUUUUUUAUAACUGAUCCAGUUUCGUAAUAUUUUUCUGAGAAUUGUAACUGCACUUUGCUGCAGUUAUUGUGCUCAUUUCUUCUACUUUCAUACUGAAUAUGGUGCUGUUGACAACUGUCUGACAGUCUUACCUCAAGAUAAACCUUAAUAUUGCAAAAACAAAGGGGACCUGCUCUGGAUUAUGGAACAGAGUGACUUUUGCAUUUAUAAAGUAAUUUUUGGGAUACAUGAAAUAGAUUGAAUAUGAAGAAAGAAGAAGAAAAGUUUUUGUUGCGAAG